UCUACCUUCUAUCUUUUUUCUCUUACACCCCCACACAAAAAAUGGUUAGACUCACUCACCCAAAAAGCCCUCUCUCUUCUCUUCACAUUUUCUCAACUUUGAACAAAUCUUCACCAUCAUCAUCAUCAUCAUCAUCUUCUUCUUCUACUUCUUCUUCAUCUUUAACAACCAUAAAGGUUAAAACCCUAAUUCACAAUCUCAUUUUCUCCCAUAUUUGCCAUAUUUUUAGAGCUUUAUCCAAGGCUAAAUCAAUUUUCCUAGAGCUUUUUAAGGAAAAUCAUCUAAUAUACUUGAAACAAUCCAAGAGAAAAAACAAGUAUAGAAACAAAAUACUAUUUGGAUCCUUUAGACUUCAUUACAAUUGGUGUUCUUCAUCUUCUCAUGUCUUGCCUAUUCCAUCUCCGACACUCAUCAAUAAGCAUCCAAGUAAUGAUCAUAACGUCUAUUAUGAUUCUACUUGGAACUCGCUUUACUCGACAGAUGACAAUAACAAUAACAAUAACAAUUGUAAUGGUAAUGGUAAGGAAGAUCAAGAAGGACAACUUUCAAGUUAUCUUCAAUGGUUGGAAGAAAAAGGUUGCAAAAAUGAGAAUAUAAAUGAAGAUGAUCAAGUCAAUGUUGGGAAUGAGAUUGAUAAGUUGGCUGAUAUGUUUAUAGCCAAUUGUCAUGAAAAAUUUAGAUUGGAGAAGAUUGAAUCUUAUAGAAGAUACCAAGAAUUGCUUGCUAGAAGUUUGUAAGUGAAGCUCAUCUUUUCCUUGGGGAAAAACAAUAAAAAAAGGAGAAAAAAAAGAGGAUAAGCAAAUUAAAUUAGUUAAUUAGGUACUUAUAUUAAUUAAUUCCUCUUAGAUAUUUUUCCCUUUUUUAUUUUAUAAAUUAUAUUUAUUUUUGUUCAUGGAUUUGCGGUAGCAAAGGGAAGGAUUAGGGGAGAAAACUAUAUUAUAAAUGGUUGGGGAUUGUGAAUGUAAACUAAGUUUCUCUUCUUUCUAGAGAAAUAUAUAUUUUGUAGGAAGAGGAUGGUUUAUAGGAAUUGUACAUUUAAGGGAUAUGGAAUGAUGAGAAUAUGGGAG